UAAUCUCACUAGUGUACCUCUGAAGGGGAACCUUAACGUUAUACUGUGGGAAUACAUAGUGGACGCUGCGCUAAUCUGUUCGCUGACGUCCUUAGGGGGGGGGGCCCAUCGUUUCCUCCUAUGUACCCCCUCUACAUACCUACACUUCCCGGAUUCAAACUUUGAGGUUGUGAAUUGUUGAUUCGUAUACCGUCGGCGAAUAUGGAUAGCUAGGCUAGCUAGUGCCGUUUGAAGCUAUCUCGACUUUGCUGCUGAUAUAUAAACCCGCACGGGAUAACUAUAACGACAACCAUAUCUCGUAUCGGUCCUGUGUUUCCAAUUAUACAUAGCUCGCCCGUCUUCCGCCUCGACGAUAUAGGUAUCUGGUCUAAAGGACAAGGACCCCCGAUACGAUACGAUCUGGUUUCUACAUAUACACAGCUAAAACACCAUCAUCGUCGUCGUCAAUAUGCCUCCCGAUCACGAAGCUCAAGAGCCCAUGCUCUCCGUCUCACACCCACCAUCACACUCGCCAUCUCCAUCUCCCUCUCCCUCCCCGACGCCCCCGUCUCCACGCCCAGAUGCUCCUCUCCCGCCAUGGGUACGCCCGAAUUUACAACGCCCGACAUCCAACUCGCAGCGCCUCUCAACACCAUACUCCCGCUCCGCAGCCGCAAACGACUCCUCCUCCGAGCCCUUCGCCCGCCGCAUCAUGCGCGCCAGCAUGUCCUUCUCCAAUAACAUGCUCAAGCUGUUCUACAGCAUGACCCUCCUCCAACGCAUCAUCGCCGUGUCCGCCCUGCUCGUCGUAAACGUCCUCCUGGUCCUGUUCCUCGUGUACUCGCACCGCAUCUUCGCCGCCCUGGCCCCCGUCGCUAAGGGUUGGCGCGCGCUGAUUGGCGGGUGGGUCAUCGUGUUUCUGAUGACGUGCGCGUCGGGCUUCCCGCCUAUGAUCGGGUAUAGCACAUGCGUCACCAUCGCGGGGUUCGUCUACGGGUUCCCGGGCGGCUGGCCCAUCGUCGCUAGCGCCACCGUCUUCGGGUCUACCGCUGCGUUCAUCGCCAGCAGGACGAUAUUCAGCGGAUACGUGCACUCGCUAGUCGGCGCGGACAAGCGGUUCGUCGCUUUAGGACAAGUUCUCCGUCGAGACGGAUUGCUAGUCCUAGCCGCUAUCCGUUUCUGCCCGCUGCCAUUCAGUCUCAGCAACGGGUUCCUCGCCACGAUCCCCAGCAUUUCCCCGUGGCGCUUCGCCCUCGCAACAGCCAUGGCCUCCCCCAAGCUUCUCGUGCACGUCUUCAUCGGCAGCCGGCUGGCCUUGCUCGCCGAGAGCGGGGAUACCAUGAGCGCAGGCGACAAGGCCAUCAAUUACCUAAGCAUGAUCCUCGGCAGCGCCGUAGGGAUUACUCUCAGCCUGUUUAUAUACCGGCGCACGAUGGCGCGUGCCAGAGAACUCGCGCGCGAAGAGGCUGCUGAGAACGGGGUCGCGGUGGACGGGGCACUUGAUGAGGAGUUAGACCUGGGGUAUGGUGACUUGGAAGAGGGAAGACGGCAGCGAGCUGGGGAGGCGGAUGAGGCGGCGCUCAUGGAUGAUGAUGAUAUCUCGCUGUGGGAGACGGAUGCUGUUGACGGAGUAGGAUAUAGGGAUGAGUCGGAGGAGGAAGAUGCUGCCGGAAAGGGGAAUGGAAGGGUUUCCCACGGGGAGCAUCGAUAGAUGGAUGGAUGGAUGGAUGAGCAUUGUCGACUAUUUGCAAAUUUACCAAGGGAUUCGUCCGUGUACGGAAUACGGGAUACAAUAGGCGUCUGGCGAGUCGAGAGCGUAAGCAAGGGUGGGCUCAGUUGCAAGUUUGGCAUUUUGGAGUGUACGGCAUAACAUGGAUGGGAAUAUCAAAUCACAUUAGCUAGAGGGCAUAGGUGUCUAGGCAAGGUAGACGGGUCA